AAGGCAGUUAAUAUCCUUAAGGCAUAACAGCUCUGUCUUCUUUAUGUCCUCUGACUCAGCUGUGAUUCUGCGACUUCGAAAAAUCAUUUCAUCUUUGUCCGCAUUAGAAACGUGCAGAAACAGCUUUGCUCAUUUAUUCGUCGAUCCGUGAAGAUUUAAGGUAGUAGUUUCUCUCGUAGUACUGUAGUUUCAGUGUUUUGAGUUUUAAUUUCGAUUUGAAGCAAAGGAAUUUCGUCUAACGGAGGGUCAGAAUGGAGAUCUGCGGUCUUGUGACACAGAAAAAUAAUCCAGUGCCUCUGAAGAGCAUCUCAGUGGAGGUUCGGGUUCAGGAUCAUGUAGCCACAGUCUCCUCCACUCUGCAGUAUGUGAAUGAGGAAGAGCGCCCCCUGGAGGCCUUGUUCGUCUUCCCUCUGCCUGCUGAUGCUGCUGUCUGCCACUUCAGUGCCAAGAUCGGAGAGCAGGAGAUUGUGGCAGAGGUGCAAGACAGAGAAAACGCGAGGGAUCAGUAUGAUGAUGCUGUGAGUUCGGGUCAGCAGGCGUUUCUGUUGGAAGAGAGUGAAGAGAGCCCUGAUGUGUUCAAAAUGAGUGUUGGGUGUUUGUCUGCGGGUCAGAACGCUGCCGUCACCAUCAUCUACAUCAUCGAACUCGCUGUGCAGGCCGACCACUCGCUGCGCUUCUGUCUGCCGGCUGUACUUAACCCCCGAUACACACCAGCAGGUCCUACAGCAGCUGCUUCAGGUUCAGGUGCUGGUAUAGUCUCAGAGAUUUCAUCAGGAGCUGUUCCCUACACGCUGGCUCUCAGUGUCCAUGUGAGCUCUCCAAAGCCCAUCUCCAAAAUAGAGUCCAACUGCACUCUGGAUCCUCUAGUGUUCCUCCACUCUGAUCACACUCAGGCUACGGUGAAUCUGAGUCCUGGUCACAUGUUUGAUAAGGAUGUUGAGCUGUUUGUGUACUAUCAGGAUACCCAUCAGCCCUCUGCUAUAGUGGAGGCAGGAGUGGCCACUGCCCCGACAGGCUCUCUGAUGAGUGACCCAGUGGUCAUGAUAAGUUUGUACCCAGAGUUCCCAGAGGAAGAGAUUAAAUCACUGGCAACACGUGGUGAGUUUGUUUUUGUGAUUGACAGAUCAGGCAGUAUGGGAGAAAUGAUGCAUCAUGGGAAAGGAGCACAAAUGCGCAUAAAAAGCGCAAAGGACACUCUGCUGUUACUAUUGAAGAGUCUGCCCAUGGGAUGCUACUUCAAUAUCUAUGGAUUUGGCUCUCGUUUUGAGUCCUUCUUCCCUCAGAGUGUUGAGUACAAUCAAAAAACAAUGGAUCAGGCUCUGAAGAGAGUGAAGGAAAUGCAAGCAGACAUGGGCGGCACUGAGAUUUUGGAGCCUCUAAAACACAUCUACAGUCAGCCCUGUUACUCCGAUCACCCCAGACAGCUGUUCAUCUUCACUGAUGGAGAGGUGUUUAACACUAAAGCGGUGCUGGACCUGGUGAAAAGUCACACUCACUCUCACAGGUGUUUCUCAUUCGGGAUUGGUGAGGGUGCAAGUGCCGCCCUCAUCACAGGAAUGGCCAGGGAGGGAUCUGGUCACGCUCAGUUCAUCACAGACACCGACCGCAUGCAGCCCAAAGUGAUGCAGUCGCUCAGGUUUGCGCUGCAGCCCGCUGUGGUUAAUAUCUCUGUGGAUUGGACCCUUCCAGAUGGCGUUACUGUUGACACACUGUCUCCACCAAUCAAUGUGCUCUUCCAGGGACAAAGGACACUCAUUUAUGCCCAACUUAAAGGAGAAAGUUCAGGAGGCUCUGAGGGAACAGUGACAGUGAAAUACAGACUUAAAAAUCAACCAGUAACAAACCAGCUCCACUUCUGCCUCAAACCAACUGAGGAAACAGAGUUGUCCAUUCACCGGCUGGCGGCUCGAACCCUGAUCCGUUCUCUGGAGCAGAAGGAGAGGUCAGGUGGUGCAGAUGUUGAGGGCAUCAGGAGCAGGAUGGUGGAGCUCAGUGUUCAGGCAGGAGUGAGCAGUGUUCAUACAGCCUUCAUUGCUGUUAAUAAAGACAGCAGACAGACUGUGAAAGGACCCCUGCUGCAGAGAAGAGUGACGACACAUGAUUUGUCUCCAGUAAUUGCCAUAAUGCAAGCAAAUUGUGGGCAAUUAAGAACCUGCGGGUCACACUUAUCUGCACUUUAUGCAGAUGAGCAAUCGUUUCGAUGCUCAAAGAUGAUGUUUCCAAGAGCGUUCACAUUCUUAAAAAUGUCUAACUGGGAACCAAAAGUGACUGCACCCAAACAGAAGAUCGGAUUCAUGACAAGGAUCCAGAAUUUCUUCCACCGUAGUUCUGCGACUGCAACUGCCCCGUCUGAUCAGACAGACUCUAAAAGCAAGAAUGAUGCUGUUCCUGAUCCCCAGAAGGACUGGACGUUACUCCAGCUGGUUUUUCUCCAAAAGGCAUCAGGAUGCUGGGAUCUGAGCGCCACACUGGCUGAUGUGUUUGGGAAGACGGAGGAUGAGCUGACCAAUCAGAAACCAGCACAGGUGGAUGGGUCAGUAUGGGCCACUCUCCUGGCUCUGAUCUGGUUAUACGGCUGUAAAAUAGAGCAGCAGGUGGAGUGGCAGUUUGUGGCCAUAAAGGCAGCGUCAUGGAUCGGCUCUCAGAAAGUGGGUGAUCUGUCUCAGUGUGUGCAUGUGGGGAAUGUCCUGCUCGGAUGUCAGGUGACCAAAGAGACUCUGGGAAUCUGAAGACGUCAAUGUUUCUACAUCCUGUGCCAUAUAAAUGCCAUAUAAGUGCUACACACACCAUAUAGAUAAAAAUGGUAAAAAUGUGGCUUGAGCUGCUGAUCUACUAACAGUUGUUUUAUGUUGUAGUAUAGUAUUUGUUCACUUUAUAAAUCAUCAGUAUGAAUGUUUAUAGCUUUCAGUUUUUUUUUAAAUUCAGUUACACAUGACAAAAAAAUAUGAAAUUGACCAAAAGUGCCAUUCAGAGGGAGUAAAUUAGAUUGAAGUAAAUUAGAUUGAAGACCUUUGCAAAUGAUUAUAAUACACAGUAAUUACACUACCAGUCAAAAGUUAUUUAAUGUUUUUUAAAGAAAUUUCUUUUGCUCAUCAAGCUUGCAUUUAUUUGAUUCAAAGUGCAGCAAAAGCACAACAAUUUUGAAAUAUUUUUACUAUUUGAAAGAACUGUAGCUUUUAAAAUGUAAUUUAUUCCUGUUUAUUUCACAGCUGAAUUUUUUUGAAUCAUUACUCCAGUCACAUGAUCCUUCAGAAAUCAUUAUAAUAUUCUGAUUUGCUGCUCAAAAACAUUUGUUAUUAUUAUUAUUAUUAUGUUGAAAACAGCUGAGUAGAAUUUUUCAGGUUUCUUUGAUGAAUGGAAAGUUCAGAAGAACAGCAUUUAUCUGAAAUAGAAAUCUUUUGUAACAUUGUAACUUUAUCAUCACUUCUGAUCAAUUUAAAGCAUCCUUGCUAAAUAAAAAUGUCUAUAAUUUCUAAAAAAAAAAAUCUAUUCAUCAAUUAAUCCUGAAAAAAUGUACUCAUCUGUUUUAAAUAUUGAUAAUAAUAAUAAUAAAAAUACUAAAUAUUUCUUGAACAGCAAAUCAGCAUAUUAGAAUGAUUUCUGAAGGAUCAUGUGACACUGAAGACUGGAGUAAUGAUGCUGAAAAUUCUGCUUUGAUUACAGGAAGAAAUUACAUUUUAAAAUAUAUUCAAAUAGAAAGUGGUUAUUUUAAAUAUUAAAACUAUUUCAUAAUAUUACUGCUUUGCUGUAUUUUGGAUUAAAUAAAUGCAAGCUUGGUGAGCAGAAAAGAUCUCUUUAAAAAAAAAAACAUUAAAAUCUUCACCAAAUGCAACAACAAAGCAGUAAUAAGUCACUGAAAAUACACUAUAUUUUUUUGCAAUGAUUACACUUUUUUACACUUUUAAAUGUUAAAUAAGCAUCCAGUUUUUAUUAUUAUUUAUUUUUUCCCCCUGAUUUUAUACCUUUCUAUUUGUGGUACUAACACUUACCAGUUUUUUUUUGUUACACUAAAACAAAUUUUAGUAUUUAUUUAUUUUUUAAUAAAUAUAAAUGU